AGUUAAUCCAAAAGCAGAGAGGCAUAAAUGGGACAAUAAACCCGGGCAGACCCACCACUCCACCCGCUUUGCCUCCUUAUUACCUGUCUCGGAUCCCUCUCCAUUACACAAAACGCUCACCUUUCGAGAGCACCUCUCUUGCUUUACUUACUUCUCUUCUAUUUUCUCGGUUUCCUCUUUAUGGCUCUGUUAACUUUCUUUCCAGAGCCGUCCGAUCAGCCCAAAAAACAACAAUCCAAUCGCAAGCGAAAGCCUCAGAACAAACCACCGUCUUCAUGGGACCAAGUCAAGAACCUCCUCACCUGCAAGCAGAUCGAAGGGUCACAAGUGCACGACCCGUCAAAAAACGCCGCCGUAAAGCUAGGGUCUUCUUGCAGCUCUAUAUGUAGCUUCAGGGACGUGGUUCAUGGUAACACGAGGGUUGUUCACAGAGCUGACAACUCACCUGAGAGUAGUUCGGUGGGUCAGGAAACCGGGGUUCUGAGCCGGAAACCGGUCAGCAGGUCCUCUACUCGGUCUCUCUCAGGGUCAGUAAGAUCCGGCGUUGGAGCAUCAUGCACGCCUUCUUCGAAAGCAAUGCAAUUCCGCAAGCUUUCUGGGUGUUAUGAGUGUCGUAUGAUCGUUGACCCCAGCAGGUACCCAACUCCAAGGACCACCAUUUGUGCUUGCUCUCAGUGCGGAGAGGUCUUUCCGAAGAUUGAAACCUUGGAGCUUCACCAAGCAGUUCGUCAUGCAGUGUCUGAGCUGGGACCUGAUGAUUCGGGUCGAAAUAUCGUGGAGAUCAUCUUCAAGUCAAGCUGGCUCAAGAAGGACAACCCCAUCUGCAAGAUCGAACGAAUACUGAAGGUCCACAACACCCAACGCACUAUCCAACGGUUCGAGGACUGCCGAGACGCGGUCAAGACCCGUGCACUUAACAGCACCAGAAAAAACCCCCGAUGCGCAGCGGACGGUAACGAACUCCUGCGGUUCCACUGCACUAACCUGACGUGCGCGCUCGGCGCGCGUGGCGCGACCAGCCUGUGCGGGUCCGUACCGGCAUGCGGAGUCUGCACCAGUAUCAGGCACGGAUUCCAAGGCAAGGGCGGUGAUUGCAAGGGAGUGCGGACCACUGCCAGCAGCGGUAGGGCCCACGACUCACUGCGCUGCACAGACGGUCGCAGGGCCAUGCUGGUGUGCCGUGUGAUUGCUGGGAGGGUGAGGCACGAUGCGCCUACGGAGGAGGAUAGCGUGUCGGCUGGCUCCUACGACUCCGUAGCCGGCUGCGCCGGGAUCUACUCGAAUCUAGAGGAGCUGAUCGUUUUUAAUCCGAGGGCUAUCCUUCCCUGUUUCGUGGUGAUUUACAAAGCUCUAGAGUCUUGUUGAUUAAGCGGUUGGGAUCGGCCCAAAACCUUUGUGCUAUCAGAAUCACGUGGCUCAUCCAACGGUCAGCCAAGCUUGCUGACCUUAUGUUUGUGUUUGUGUAUAUAAAUUCAUUUUUUUUUAUUCCUCGUCAUGUAAGAGAUUUUUUUGGCUUAAUGGUCUAAGCUCAACUGCUCCGCUACAUGCGUGUUUAUUAA